AAUCGCAGUCCUUAUACCUGUUAUUCUGAAGGUCUCUCGUGAAUUCGUCACAGUUGUCAUUGCAACUUUGAACUUUUGUCCGUGUGUUGAACCGGUCGUUGGACAUUUAUCUUCAUGGACUGCCUAGGCUGCCAAGGUAACGGGUCAAGUCACUCCAAAGGACCCUACUAUUCAAUUCUGGGUGGAUUCAUUGUCGCAGAGCGUCACGGUGAAGCACAAUUUAACAUCUGGGAACUGUUUCCCAGAUACUCGUUAUUGCCUCAACAACUUCAAGAUCGUCAUGUCACUGUGUUCCGUGUCGGUGUCGCGCUGUUACAAGUCUUGCCAUGUACGAGCGUAUUCGCAAGGCUCGUGCCAUCUCGUAGUCCAGUCCGGCUAGCGCUAUUGAUGACCUUCAUGAACGAAUCGGAUUUCACCAUAUUCUCAGACAGUUGUAACGAAAAGAAGAAGAACCCGAUGCCGACUGGUGGGUAGAGGUGAACCGUUUGAACACCUGGGAACCAACACAACUAUGUAUCGAAAUUUUUAUUACAAAGGGCACAACUACCGGUUUUGAUUUGACUAGGCAAAAAUCAACAUUGAGAUUGGCACCUCUCAGAGUUUGAUACAUAGUUUUAUCACCCAAACAAAG